AUGGCAGGAGUUAUUGGGACAACAACACCAAUGGUAAAUGAGCAGGCAACCCUAGCACCAUUCAACUUUGGAAGCAACAGAAGCUCUACAGUGAUGCCAGUUAACAACUUUGCUACAGUGCUAUCUACGAAUGAUGAGAUGGAGACUAUGGUGAAGGCGAUAAAGCAUGGAGCUUGUGACUAUAUGGUAAAGCCAGUAUGCCCUGAAAAGGUCAGGAACAUAUGGAUGCAUGUGGUGAGGAAGAGCAAGAGUAAUCCAAGGAACAAAGUCAGCGGCGAAAGUGAUAAUCCUUGUCAAAUGGUGCAGUAUGUGGAUGAUGAGAAUGGUGAAAAGGAUCAUGCAAAGCACACUAGGAAGAUUGGAAGAAGAACAAAAAAGAUGGAGAUGGUGCUGAAAAGAUGA